UCCAGUAGCAGCCUCGGGAGAGUAUUGCCAGACUCUCGCAGCAACAACCUGCUUGAUUAUCAUCCACCGAUCUAAGGUAAUGAUGAUGAUGAUGAUGAUGAUGAUGAUAAUGAUGAUAGUGUUACCAGCAUCGGCCAUCAGCAUCCCAGGGCACCGCAAGGAGGUCCUCGACUCGCUCAGGAGACAGCUGGGGAAGCACUACUACCCGACGAAGGCACAGCAGGGAAGCCACGACCUAGCAGACAACCUGUGUGUGGUUCAUUCUAUCCUCGCUCUGGUCUCCACACAAUCCUGGAGCAACACCAUGUGGGACGCUAGUGGUAAGGUGAGUGACGGUGUGGGCCUGGGUGCCACAGAAGCCAGGGGUGACCCUCACCUGUGUCUGAGUGUCAGUGUGGCACUCCCUGGCACCCUCACCUCUCACCUCCACCACUACGAGGCUCAGCUGGCCUCGCACAACCUCACACUCCAGCAGCCACUGCAGCAGGAGGUCCUCCUUCAGCAGGACACCUUCUUCAGGGGCAAGUAUUGCCUCGUCACCCUGAGGAAGGAAGAUAGUGUAGGGCAGAGCGGUGGGUCGUGGCAGGCAGUGAGUACCAUGGCAGGCAGGUACCAGCACACCUACGGUACUUGUGUACCUCACACCUGCACUACACACUUCCUGCAGGAGUGGCUGCAGCAGCAGCAGCAAGAGACCGGGACCUCUCUCACCGUCACCUGUCAUGAUGAUUCCCAUCACCACACCUGGACCAGGAGUGACCUCUCCUUCCUGUGA